CUCGUCCAGGGAGCAGCUCGGGACGCACCAGGGGAGGCCGGUUACGGCCAUGCGUGGCCGCUGGCCUUCGCCGCCGGCGCCCUCGCCGCCAUGAUCCUCCUCGCCCGGCGGUGCCCCGCCCGCCCCUCCUCGUGCUGCGGGCGGCCCCUCUCCCUCCCCUUCUCGCGCCUCUCCGACCCCGACAGCUCCAGCCCCACGGCCAAGGUCAACGGCUCCGCCAAGGGGCGGGCUCGGACACGUGACGGCGCGCUCGAGGCGGUCGGGCGUCGAGUCGGGCAGGGGCGCCCAAAGGCGGGCGAGGCCGAGCCGAGGCCGGCCUCGCUCGCCCUCUCGCCUCGGAGGCUGCCCACCCCGCCCGAGCCGGCGGACCGAGUGCGGAUGGUAGCUGAGGAGCUCACUGCCCUCGAGGCGAGCGCAGGCUGCCUCCCCGCACCCUCGCUGGUCGAGCGCUGCUCGCAGCUCGCCGCCGAGCUCCAGGCCGUCGAAGUGGCCGCCGACAAGCGCCUCGCCCAAUGGCGCGCCUUGCAGCUCCGCCGCUGCGAUAACCUCCUCGCCUACCUCUCCCCGUCGCCGCUGCCCUCGCCGCGCCUGCCCUCGUGUGGCGACUCCCCCGCACUUUGACCCCUCACAUGCAGGGGCAGAUCUCACGUCAGUCUCUGGUCCUGCCCUUGAGAUCUCCCAAAGUCGAGAUGUCCACGAAAUGCCCGGUCUCACCGCGUCGCUUUCGUUUGACGCGGUAGCUCUGGCAGCGGUUGUGGCUCUCAAGAU